UUUACCUUCUACAAGUACAAAAUCUGAUACGAGGCUUUUAUGCGUGUGUAGAUUUUUCUGUUUUCAGUAUCAGCACAAUAUACCGAAUUUUUCCGAUUUUAAGGCAAACUGUUAAUUUUGUCUAUUGUUGAAAUGAGUAUUCACGUAGCGGAAAACUUGGAGAAGCAUUUGCAACGUUAUUACCGAGAAGAGUCUCCUGAAUUCCAGUACGCUGUGCUUUAUGGACUGGAACUGGAAAAAGAGCAAAAUCAGUUCAUUGUGUUGAUGUGUUCAUUCUGUGAUUCCGACGUAUUUCAUGAUCCAGGCCGUCUGCAGGAGUAUUUGGACUUGAACAAUCAGUUAAUUCCUACUGGGCUUGUCAGCGUGGGAAUAUUGGCAGCCACCGCGAAUUCUGACGAUUCUAGUGGCCGACACAAUUUGGCUGCAUUUCUCAGCGUGUUAAAUUCUGCGGCCUCUCCAAAACUAAAGCAGCACCGAAUUGUGAUUUGCUGUGAGAACGCGGGCGCUAACUUAAAAGGAUUGUUGGCCGACACAACCGAUACGCUUCGUGAAGUUCCGGUUACGGUCAAACCCAAUCGUUUCCUGCAGCAGUUUUACGUUUGUUUCACUCUGAGGGGCACUUUCAGCACGUCCAUUACACCUAAUCAGAAUAAAAAUGGCAUUACAAAGGCCGUUGAGGAUAAGUUAAUGGAAUUACAAAUUGAAAACAAAUCUCACUUUGGAUACAGUUUAUGCGACAACUCGGUUUUUUUCCUUCCUGGAGAGCCUUCGGUUGUCGUCGUUAAAGAUGGCCUCAGGGGAGUUAAUCUCCAUACUCCCAUUAAAGACUUCGUUACUGUGCUGGAGAAAAAUCAGCAAAAAGCUGAAAAAACGGCAUCGAAACCGCGCAGCUUGCCUGUGUCUUUCUCCGAUUUAUCCGGAAAUCUGCUCUCGGAUAAAUUGUUGGAUAUCAGUAUACAUUCCAAUGUGUCGCAUCAGAGCAGCUCAGAGGGAAGCUCGCCGCUGUUGACAGUUGGUUCCGGGGCGACUAGGUUAAUACGUUUCCAGGUUGAUGCUUUUUUGUUUGUACCCAAAGAAAAGGCUUUGGGUGAGCUUGUGGAGUUCAUAGAACAUGCAAAAAAGCGGCAGUUUGCUGCACUUUGUGAAUUCCUUCGUCGUCCCGAAUGUGGCUCGUUAACCAUGGAAGACGCUGAUAUUCCGGUACCGUACCAUAUUAUUAAUGGACCAAACAUUCUUACUUUGCUUGCCACCGUACGGAAACGCUUGACGGAGGAUCGUGUGCAAGAUGACUUAAUGCAACAACUGUACAGUCGUUUUGGCUUCGUUACCAAAGAUCUGGUGCUCCAUCCUUAUGCUUCAUUAAGGAAUAGAGUUGGAAUGGCACGCAAGAAUCUAAUGGGUGUCGGAGACAAACUUCUGCUUAAAAACAGCCAGUUUUUGAACGAAAAUCCUGAGCAAUGGGAUGUUGCUUGUGUACAAGGACUGUAUACUUAUCAUCACUAUAAACAAGAUCGCUUUGACGAUGACGGCUGGGGGUGUGCCUAUCGGUCACUGCAAACAAUAUUUUCCUGGUUUCGUUUGCAAGGAUUCACAGAUUUACCCAUACCGACGCACGAUCAGAUCCAGAAAGUACUGGUAGAAGUUAAAGAUCGCGAGCGUUCCAUUAUCGGAUCGAAACAGUGGAUUGGGGCGACUGAAAUUACUCGUGUGCUGGAGCAUAUCCUGAAGGUGCCGUGCCGAUUUGUGACGGCUAACUCUGGAUCGGAAUUGUCAACAGCAUUUGCAUCAUUGAAGUACCAUUUUGAGACCGAAGGAACUCCUGUAAUGAUAGGAGGGGGAGUGUAUGCCCACACCAUUGCUGGAAUUGCCAUGAACCGCGUCACUGGCGAAGUCAAAGCUUUGGUGGUCGAUCCUCAUUACGUUGGCGAGGAUGACAUUGACCUGAUUCUGAAAAAGAAUGGAGUUUGCUGGAGAACGCCAGAAUUUUGGGACCAGACUGCCUUUUAUAAUUUAUGUUGUCCGCUUAGACCCUCGUUGGUCAACUUGGUAGUGACCUGAUGGAUUACGUUUCAUUUUGCUUUGUUUUUAUUGUGCGCUGGAAACUGCAUAACAUUAAUAGUUAUUUGGAUCUAUUGUAGGUCUGAUAUGCGUUGGCUCAAAAACUUUGUUCGAAUAGAUUUUAUUUUGGUAUAACACUAUAACCGUUUGUGGACUUGACAACAGAGAUUGCUUUUUGUCUGGGUUAGGUUUUUUGGCUGCCCUACAUUUGCUCUGUACCGGUAUCUUGAUUUGAUGGGGUAAUUUAUAAAGGACAUCUUCCUAGCCAAGACGAAAAAAAGUUACGAAGGAAGCUA